AUGCACAUCCCGUGGUCUGCUUCGAGCCUCCUGCUCGCAGGCUCCCUGGCCUCAGCCUUCUCGCUGCCAAAGAAGCCCAACAUCGUCUUCAUCAUGACGGACGACCAGGACCGCCGUCUCGGGUCCACGGACUACCAAAGCGUCCUCCAGAGAGAGUUGAUGUCAAAAGGCACCGAGUUCGUCAACCACUGGACCACCACGGCCCAGUGCUGUCCCAGUCGUGCGGGUCUUCUUCGCGGCCAGCAGACUCACAACACCAACAUCACCCACGUGAUCGGUGCUGGUGGAAGUUAUGACAAGUGGACUAUCGCCGGGGAGGAUAAUGAUUAUCUUCCUCAUUGGCUCAAGAAAGCCGGAUACCGGGUCGAGUGGAAGCUUUUGAACGGGUAUAACACGGUGAACUACAACAGCCCAGCACCAAAAGGGUGGGACUUCAUCAACAGCCUGACCGACCCCUACGCAAUGGACUUCAACAACAUCGUCAUGUCUGAGAACGGCGAAACGCCGCGCCACUACCCAGGCUUCCAUCAGACGGACAUCAUAAGAGCACAAUCCUUGGAUAGACUCGAAUACCUCACCUCCCAAGAAAAAUCCUUCUUCCUCACCAUAGCCCCGACGGUCCCGCACGAACACGACGUCGUCUACGCCCCGAUACCCCUCCUCCGCCACCAGGGCCUCUUCCCCAACGCGACGGCCCCGCGGCCGCCGAACUGGAACCCGGCGGACGAGUUCCAGCGGCAGAAGUCCAACUGGAUGAAGCAGCUGCGCCGGCUGAACGAGACGGAGAUCGAGCACGGCGACUGGCUCUUCAGGCAGAGGAUCGAGUCGCUCCAGGGCGUUGACGAGAUUAUCGAGGACGUGGUCGAGUUGUUGGAGGAGAAGGGGGUUAUCGAGAACACGUAUAUAAUAUACACCACCGACAACGGCUGGACCAUCGGCGCCAACCGCGUGGCCGCCGGCAAAGCCACCCCCUACGCAGACGACACCAACCUCCCCUUCGUCGUCCGCGGCCCCGGCGUUCCCUCGGGCGUCAAAUCCACCCUCCCCGGCGCGCACGUCGACCUCGCGCCGACGUUCCUCGAGAUCGCCGGCGUCCAGCCCGAGGACCUGCCCCCGUUCCUCGACGGGCGGAGCCUGUUCGACCAGUGGCUGCGCCCGGGCGCCGGGUACGAGGGGAAGGGCGCGGGCGCGGGCCGGGAGCUGCUCAACGUCGAGUUCUGGGGCUCGCGGAUCAUCGAGGCGCCCGCGGCGUCCGAGGUCGGGCCGAUCCCGAACAACACGUACAAGACGCUGCGGCUUGUCGGGGAGGGGUUCUCGUGGUUGUUCGUGAAGUGGUGUACCAACGAGGUGGAGCUGUACAACACGCAGGAUGAUCCGUACGAGCUCACGAACCUCGUCAACUCGACAGACACUGCCGUCAAAAGACUACUAACCCGCCUCAACGCGAUCCUCCUCGUCACGAAGUCCUGCACCGGCCAAACAUGCCGCGACCCCUGGACCGUCCUCCAACCGCCGGACGCCGCCACGCGGAUCACGACACUAACCGAAGCCCUCUCCCCGUCCUACGACGCCUUCUUCGCCUCGUUCCCCGAGCUCCGCUUCAACGAGUGCAUGCAGUACCAGUACGCCCCGAACGAGGCGCCCUUCUACCCGCCUGGUGCGGAGGCGGGGAUGAGCGAGUACCGGGAGCCGACGGACAACUUCAUGGAGACCAGCGCGCUCAAGGUGAUCGAGCCGGACCUCACCAAGUUCUACGGCGGGGCGGAGCAGAGGGGCGUCAGAUGGGCCGAGAUCUUGGCUGCUUCGCGGCCGUUGACGAGGGAGGAGUUGGGGGCUAGCGUGGGUAAGAGGACACUCGCGGAGAGGGAUAUGCCGGAACGGUAUAACUAG